CGACAAGUGACACAAAGUGAUAAAAGAGAACAGAAUACGAACGAACAGAAAACGGGGAGAGAGAAAACGGAAGAACAGACAACAGAACAGAAAACGGGAAAGGAGAAAAUGCACUCCAGAGACCAUUUAAAUAUGGAGGAAAACGAAAUGGAAAUUGACAUAGAGCAAGAAGUGGAGGCCGAGGAAAAUAAAGAGGAGAAUGUGGAAGAAGUAGAAUUAGACAAUAAACAAAGGAAAAUGAUCCAAGAGAGACUAGAAGAAAGCGAAGAAAAGUGGGAAGGUGCGGAAGUGUUGUGUCAAAGCGCCGCCUUCCUAACCAAUCUCGUGACAGCGGCCUCGGCUCUCACUGUCGCUGUCAUUGCACUUGACAGGUACUUGGCUAUAGUACGGCCCAUGGUCUACGGCAUCAUGGUGACAGGCCACCGCUGUCUGCUGAUGCUCGCCUGGUGCUGGGUUCAAGCCCUUCUCACGGCGCUUCCUCCUCUUUUUGGUUGGUCUAGGUACGAACGCCACGGUCCAGAGGGACGAUGUGGAGUGCAAUGGGCUCGCUCCCCUUCGUAUACAGCGGUCUGGGUCACCAGCGUGUUCGUCGUGCCCGUGAUUGUCAUGCUCGUGUGUUAUUACUUCAUCCUUCAGGUGGCGCGAAACAAGUGCCGGCGCAUCCACGUGGGCACGAUGAUCGGUGCCGCCGCCGCCGCCACCUCCCCGCCCGUGACCCCUGACCCCUCCUCCGUGUGCCUCGAGGUCCCCCACCUGACGGAGGUCAAGCGGCCUUCCUCCUUCGAGAAUAACGGCGCGGCAGGAGGUCCCAGGGGCUUCGAUGACCUUUUGGACGCUCCUGGUCGAGGGGGAGGGAGGGGCGUCGGAGGAGGGGUAGGAGUGGGCGUCCCCUGUAGGAGCUUAAGCGUGAGCGUUGUCAAUAAGAUUGCCAACGACACCAGUCCUUCCUCUGCGGCGCCGAAACGCAAACUGGGCGACUGUGGGAGGUCCCUCUCCUUUUGUCAGCCUCAGCAGCCCGUGAAGCCGGUUCUGCGACGCGUCCAGAGCACCCUCGCCAUGAGACCGUCUUUUAGGAAGAAGUUCAGUCUCGGUCGCCGGAAACCCUCGUGGAGUUGGGAAGCCUCACCUGCCAAGGGCUUCAGGACCGUGUGCGUGGUGGUGGGCGCGCAUGUGUUCACGUGGGCGCCUUACUCGCUCAUGGCUGUGGCGGAGGCGGUUCUUGGCGUCGAAAGGGUGUCUAUUUUACCUCACUGGAUUAGGGUUACCUCGACCUUACUCCUGUUCACGGCGAGCGUGUUCUACCCCAUCGUCUACGGGCUCUACAACCGCUCUAUAAGGAAGGAGGUCGUGACCUGCCUUUGCCCCAGCAGCAGCAGAGCCCGGCGGAGAGGCAGCCUCAACCCCAGGCCCUCGACACUCAACUCGUUCACAGAAGGCAGCGUCCUGGACUUCUCCUCCCUACGUCACCGCGACAUCCUGGAGAAGCCCCUGACCCCAUGCCCCAACCCCGCCCUCCUGACGGCGCCCAUCCCGACGAUCUCCGGCUCCAUGGGCAUGGGUGGGCACGCGCCGCCCCACCUGCCGCCCAUCUUCCUCAUGACGGAUUAUGAUCACAUACCCACGCGCGGGUAUAACCUCAAUGCCAGGAAGCCCUCGCAGGACUCGGAUUGCUGUCUCUUCGAAUUUUCCUCGUCACUUGCUAGGGAAGCCGGACAGACAGGAGCGGUCAUGGCUUCCGGAGACGACUUCGACGCGGAGACGCCGACCCACAGCCAGACCCACCUCCACCUCCACCCGCGACCCACGCGAAGGGUUUCCGCCCCCAGCGUCCUCGGCAGUGUUCGCGAAGACCCUUCGACGCCCCCGCCCUCGCCCUCUCACGCCGCUGGCCCCGCGUCGACGCCCUUGGCCCUCCAGACGAUGGCCUGCGGCAGCAUCUCCCCCGCCGUGAACCGGAGGAAGAUGCCGAUCAUGCCCCUCUCGCUGCAGGUGCUGGCCGAGAGCGCGGCGAAGGCCCCUGCGGCUCCCCUGCGGCGGGUGCGGAGUCUGGACAAGCUGCCGACGGGUGACUACGAGGCCAGGGACAAGAAGUACCUCUCGCUUCCCUACGACAAGUCCCUCACGCGCUACAUCAGGAAGAAGCAGUCCCUCCCGCCGCUGGUGAGGGAGACGUCACUCACGGGGGUGCCCCCCUGCGAGCGCCUGGCCCGGAGGAAGGGCUCCAUGUCCAUCCUGAAGGUGGUGGCCAUCCCCGAGGACUGCGGGGGGGCGGAGGGCGCGCCGGAAGUGCCGGACUCCGGGCGGGGGAGCGUCGACAGCGGCGAAGUGGCCAAGGCGCGCGCCCAACGCCAGAUCAGCAUAGACGAAGGGAUCGGGGCGGAGUGCCUGGUGGAAGAAGAUGCGGCCGGGGAUUAAACUUUUGAAUAGCUAGGACCGUAAAAACCGUUAGAACCGUUACGACCGUUAGAAUCCCUUUACCAUCCUCAGGCAGGUUCGGAUAUGGGUCUUUUUUAUUUAUUUCUUUAUUACAUUUAUUUAUCACUGUUUUCAUUUAUUUAUUUCAUUCGGGUUUACAAUGAGAAUUAUUCCAUUUGUUAUCCAUUUUUUUUAUCAUGAAUAAACAGAGGGUCCAAUAAUGGAAUACCUCUAGUUAAGAAAAAAAAAAAAACCUUUUAUUAUGAAUGAAUAACGACUAUAAUUCUCAGAUUAUAAUCAUGAAAAAAGAAUAGAAGAUUAUAUUUUAUCAUUACACCUAGAACUCCUGUAGCCGAUGAGGAACUAGGAGAAACAAACAAAGAUACAAAGAAGAGGAUACAUUUAGUCAGCCUAUACUUAAUGUUUUGUGUAUAUACCUGUGAAUAUAUUAGUGUUAAUCUACUUGUAAAUAUGAUAGUUUCAUGUCGCCUCGCAUUUAUAAGAUGUAAAAAGUAUAUAAUAAGGUCUUUUUUUACGUAACAUAAGCGAACACACACCCAUACUUUCAUCCUCUCUCUGUCUGUCUCUCUUUUUCUGUCUUUGUAUGUUUGUUUAUAAAUAUAUGUUUAUAUAUUUGUUUGUCUGCCCCCCCCCCCCUCUCUCUCUCUUUCUCUCUUUCUCUCUUUCUCUCUCUCUUUUGCUCUCUCUCUCUCCCACCUUUUACACCGAAGAUCUCAACAGUCAUACCAAUGAUAAACUACCUCGUUUUGACUGAAAACGAUACGAACCUCAGUUUUGUGAAUCAGUCUUGGAAAAAAAUCUUUUGAAUGAAUUUGAGAAAAAGGAAGUUCAUUUGACUAUCUCCUCUAUAUUUAAAAUCGAUAUGUUGAGUGUAAUAGAAAAUCUAGUGAAAGUGGAUAAAAAACCUUUUAUUGAAGGCUCUAGAAAGAAAGCACAAAGACAAACAUAAAGACAGAAAUAACAACAACAACGAUAAUGUAUUAAUACAGUGGCAUUUCGUUUACCUUGAAGAAUACUCUAUAAUUUAGAGAGAAGCGAACAGUGCAUUUUAUUUUUUAUUGUUAUGAAUGACAUUUCGAAUAACCCUCCUUCGAAAUGCAUAAAGAAUGUCUAUCCUAAUUUAUAUGUGUAUCAUAUCCUGAUUUCUGGUGAUAAGAAAUCAACAUGUAUAGCACUAUACGUAUCAUUAGGAAUAGAUAUCAGAAAUUCCCCAGUUUUAUGGUAAGAAAUUGUGAUAAAAGGAAUGGUAUUUACCCGUGAAUGGUAUGAGUCAGUCGAAGAUUGGCUGAUUGUAAUGCUAUAUAUAUAUUUGAAUAUCUGUUAUGUAUACAGAAUAAUAUAAUUUAAUGUUCGGUA